AUGCCCGUCAUUGAUAUUACUUCUCAGGACCAAUUCACUGAGCUGACCACGGAAAAUGUGCAAGACAAGCUCAUGACGCUAUAUUUCUACACAACUUGGGCCGAGCCUUGCAAAACAAUGAGCGCUGUGGUGAGCGCUUUGAGCGAAGAACCGGUAAACAAGGAGGUCAUGUUUCUAGCUGUAAAUGCCGACAACAAUGCUGAGAUUGCCGAGCUUUUUGAGGUCUCUUCUGUGCCAUAUUUCGUGCUCGUUAGAAAUGGCACGAUCCUGCACGAGUUGUCCGGAGCAGACCCUAAAGAAUUUGUCAAAGCUCUCAGUAGAUUUAACGGGAGCCUAGAGGCGCCAAGCUCGCAGGCGGGUGCGCCACACGAAGACCAAGCUGCGGCAGCAAAAGAGGAUGAAGAAGAUCAACCAGAAGAAACCGAAGAGGAGCUAAUAGAAAGAUUAAAAAAACUAACUCAAGCAGCUCCGGUCAUGCUGUUUAUGAAAGGCACUCCUGCUGAGCCUAAAUGUGGUUUUUCCAGACAGAUGGUUGGCAUCCUUCGUGAAUACCAAGUAAGAUUUGGAUUCUUUGAUAUAUUGAAAGACGACUCGGUCAGAGAAGGCCUCAAGAAGUUUUCUGACUGGCCCACUUUUCCACAACUGUAUACAAGCGGUGAAUUUCAAGGUGGUCUCGAUAUCAUCAAAGAAUCACUGGAGGAGGAUGCCGAGUUUUUCCAGCAUGCUAUGCAUGCAUAA